AUCGCCACGUCCGCCAUCUUGCUAAGUUUAGAGAGCCAAGUAAGUACAAAUAUAGCUUAAUACGUGUCCUCAUUGGCAUUUGAGCAGUUCGUCCUGAGUUGAUAUAGGUCGUAACGAAGACUGACUGAAAUCUGCCAUAACCUUUAAGCUAUCAGCAUGGGAAACGUAUUCCAAAAACUGUUCCGAGAUUUAAUAGUGAUGUUUGGAAAGAAAGACAUGAGAAUCCUUAUGGUUGGGCUUGAUGCUGCAGGAAAAACCACAAUUUUAUACAAGUUAAAACUUGGAGAAAUUGUCACAACCAUCCCAACAAUAGGUUUCAACGUGGAGACAGUGGAGUACAAAAAUAUAAGCUUCACAGUGUGGGAUGUAGGUGGACAGGAUAAAAUUCGACCUUUGUGGAGGCACUACUUUCAGAAUACUCAAGGUUUGAUCUUUGUAGUGGACAGCAAUGACAGAGAACGAAUAAAUGAAGCCAAAGAGGAGUUGCUUCGCAUGCUUAAUGAAGAUGAACUCAGAGAUGCUGCUUUGUUAGUUUUUGCCAAUAAGCAGGAUCUUCCCAACGCGAUGAAUGCAGCAGAGAUUACAGACAAGCUGGGCCUUCACAGUCUUCGUAAUCGUACUUGGUAUAUCCAGGCUACAUGUGCAACCAGUGGGGAUGGCCUUUAUGAAGGAUUGGACUGGCUUUCCAAUACCCUGAAGAAUGCCAAAAAUUGAACAGGAUCCCAAAAAUACUUUAUAUAUUUCAGAAAUAUUGGGAUGAUUAGGUGGCCAAGGAAUUUGUGGAUUGUAACAGAAGCGAGUCACUGUAUGGAAGAGGAUAAUUUUCUGUUACAUCAAUGAGAAACAUCAUCUAAUCCUUAAAUAUGUGAAAGCCUUUUAUUUCAGAUGAUGGUUGCACUUUUUCAAUGUAACACCCUUCAGGGUGCUCCUUUUUUGUUUUAUAUUGCUGGUAAAAGUAUUUUACCCCUAUCAUUUAAUUCAAUAAAUAUAACAUAAAUAAAAAGUUGCUUUGGAUGAUUUUUUUUUUUAAUCUACUAAAGCUCUUACAGUAUGCUUAAGACAAUUUUUUUACAGAAUGAGCUGAUACAACUUUCCACUGUCAUUUAUAAGGCCUUUUUUUGACAUGCAGAUCAUUUGUUCACUGAUAUUGCUGGUAACUGAUCCCUUUUGCUUAUUACUAAAUAUUGUUUCAUAACUGUUAAAGUUAAAUGAUUUUAAAACUUCAGUAAAGAAUAUUUACAAUAUCCGGUUGAUGUGUUGCAAGGAAGCAAAAAAAAACAAAAAACCAAAAAUGAAGAAUUGAUAGACAUAUUGAGUAGAUGGUUCUAAAGCAUGCUACAAAUAUAAAAAUUAACUCUUAUGUUCUUCAAAUUACAGUCACGUUCAAAGUAUUUUUGAAUCUGUUAAAUGAGUAUGUAACAGGUGUGGAUGAUAAGUAUGUAAAAUUCACCUCAUUUAGGCAUUUGUGUGAAAGUGUGUAAAACAAUUAUUAAUUACUUUGACUAUCGCCUUUUUAUUAUUAUUUGCAGAGUUUGUGGUUUCAUUAUUUAUGGUUACAUCAUUUGUUUGAAUAUAAAUAUAUUUAAGUGUAAUUCCCUCGUUGCAAAAUGCCAUUCUCACCAACAACAGACACAGAAUGUGACUAAUGACUGAAAAUAAAAGUCAAAAACGAAAUACAUGUACGUAAAAAAAUAAUUAUUUGGGAAUUAAAUUUUAAAAGUCGAUGGUUGUUAUCGGUUUAUAUUAUUCUAUAAAACUAUAAUUAUUCAUGCUGACUAAUGCAUUAUAGUUGCAUUUUUGUAAGUGUAAUGUCUCUAUAAAAGAUAAGAAUUAGUCUCAUAGUUGCACAAAAAGGGAGGAUAAAGAAUUGUGUAAAUUUUUUCUUUUUAUGCAGUUGAUACUCCAUAAUGAUGCAUUCUUCUACACAAUUUUCAACUCAUUUGCAAACAUACAUUCAUGUUUACAAGGUGAUGGGAGUAUUUUAUUACUGCUUUUUGGCACAGAUGAGCACAUUUUAAAAAAAUCACUGCUCGUUAUUCUUUUCUGCCACAUUCCAAAUAUGCAUGAAUUACUACUAACCCAUCUAUCAUUUUAGAAAUCUUUUGUUUUGAGGGGGAUGUUUCUUUAAGAUUUACUUGAAUUACUCGAGUAAGUAUAAAGUCAUUUUUUUCAGGUCUGUAUUUCAUUAUUACAAAGAAAUUUAUUAAAAUGGAGAGAACAUUUUUAUUGUAUUAAAUUACGUGUUCUUAAUUUGUGGUUACAUAAUAUGCUUUGGGAUUGUUUAGCUCUUUAAGCCUCCGAUGGGAUCAUGGAUCAAUGGUAACUUAUGUGACUUAUGAUUUACACUUCUGUGCUUCCAUGGUCAUUUCAUACUACUACCAUGGAUUGUGAUUAAAUCAUGUUGCUAAAAAAAAGCCGGUGUGUGAAGGGUGAUGAGCAAGUAUCAGCCUUGAGCAUCAUUAUUUUAUGUUAAGACACUUGCAUUCAUAGAGCUCUUGUUAAAUAGGUUAUUUUAUUGUAUGUACACACACUUUCUAAUCAUCGUUCUCUGAUUUAGUCAACUACAGAUUACUUUAUUUCUAUCCAGCAUUAGCAUUCAGUUAAAUAAGAUUUUGCUAGUAAGGAACUAAGUAACUUUAACACAUUCUAAAUUCAUUUUAAAAACCUUUGACAAAUUGGUUGAGCACCAUUGUGUUAGUGUUUUAUACUUCUCUUCAGAAUGUCUUUAUUGAAAGUUGAUAGCAUGCCCUAAAAAUGGGAAGAUGCCAUUUUUAUAUCGUGAAUCCAGAUUUGCAUAAGUGUCAGUUUGCAUGAACCAUCAAUGAACAGGAUCAAUCUUAAUUCUGUUCACAAUAAAAUGUGAACUUGCA